CCCCGAGCCGCCAUGGCGGCGGUGCCGGGCGAUCGCCGCUCCGGCCCUGCAGCGGGAGCCCGCUUCUUCUGCACCGCGGGCCGCGGCCUGGAGCCCUUCCUGAUGCGGGAGGUGCGGUCGCGGCUGGCGGCCACGCAGGUUGAAUAUAUUUCAGGGAAAGUUUUUUUCACCACCUGUUCUGACUUGAAUAUGCUGAAAAAAUUAAAAUCUGCAGAAAGGUUAUUUUUGCUGAUUAAAAAGCAGCUUCCGUUUAAUGUUUCUUCUGUAAGUAAAGGAAAAAUAUUUAAUGAAAUGCAGAGACUUACAAAUGAUGAUCCUGAAAGUUGGUUGAAUGCCAUUUCAAUUUGGAAAAAUCUUCUUGAACUUGAUGCAAAAGAGGUAAAACUCUCUCAAAAAAAUGCUAACCCACUAAAAAGAGAAGUGGGAGAAAAUGACAUCAUUGCUAAGAAAUUGAAAACAGAACAAAUGCAAGAGAUACAAGAGAAUAAGGAAUGCCAACUGGAAAAACAAAUAGAAGAAGAAACACUGGAGCAAGGGAAUUUUACCACUAAAAGAGACAAAUCUCAAGAAGAACUUCAGAACGAUGUAGCAGAAGCAGUUGAUACUCAUAACCAGAACGACUUAACUUUCAGAGUUUCCUGUCGCUGCAGUGGAGCCAUUGCAAAGACCUUCACUCAACAGGAGGUAGGAAGAGUAAUUGGAAUUGCUCUCAUGAAACAGUUUGGAUGGAAAGCAAAUUUGAGGAAUCCAAAUUUAGAGAUCUUUAUACAUCUAAGUGACAUUUACUCUGUGGUGGGAAUUCCUGUGUUCAGGGUUCCUUUAGCCAGCAGAGCUUACAUCAAGACAGCAGGACUGAGAUCUACCAUAGCGUGGGCAAUGGCCUCUCUCGCAGAAAUUAAGGCUGGUGCAGUUGUUUUAGAUCCAAUGUGUGGACUUGGAACAAUACUUUUGGAAGCUGCUAAAGAAUGGCCAGAUGUGUAUUACGUGGGUGCUGAUGUCAGUGACUCACAGUUACUAGGUGCAUGUGACAAUCUGAAAGCUGCAGGCCUUAAGGAUAAAAUUGAGUUACUUAAAGUCUCUGUGAUAGGUCAGUCUCCCAAGGCAAUAGAAAUAAAAACAGUAACAAAUGGGACCUAAUCAAACUUACAAGUUUUUGAACAGCAAAGGAAACUAUUAAAAAAAAAAAAGACAAAAAGACAACCUACGGAAUGGGAGAAGAUAUUUGCAAAUGAUGCAUCUGACAAGGGCUUAAUCUCCAAAAUAUACAAACAGCUCAUACAACUCAACAACAAAAAAACAACCCAAUCAAAAAAGUGGGCAGAAGACCUUAGUAGACAUUUCUCCAGAGAAGACAUACAGACGGCCAGGAGGCACAUGAAAAGGUGCCCAACAUCACUAAUUAUUAGAGAAAUGCAAAUCAAAACUACAAUGAGGUACCACCCCACACUGGUCAGAAUAGCCAUCAUUAAAAAGUCUGCAAACAACAAGUGCUGGAGAAGAUGUGGAGAAAAGGGAACCCUCCUACACUGUUGGUGGGAAUGUAACUUGGUACAGCAACCAUGGAAAACAGUAUGGAGGGUCCUCAGAAAACUAAAAAUAGAAUUACCAUGUGAUCCAGCAAUCCCACUCCUGGACAUAUACUUGGACAAAAGUGUAAUUCAAAGAGAUACAUGCACCCCUAUGUUCAUAGCACUAUUCACGAUAGCCAAAACAUGAAGACAACCUAAAUGUCCAACGACAGAUGAAUGGCUAAAGAUGUGGUACAUGUAUAUACAAUGGAAUACUACUCAGCUGUAAAAAAAAAAAAGAAUGAAAUAAUGCCAUUUGCAGCAACAUGGAUGCAACUAGAGAUUACCAUACUAAGUAAAGUAAGUCAGAAAGAGAAAGACAGGAACUUCCCUGGUGGUGCAGUGGUUAAGAAUCCGCCUGCCAAUGCAGGGGACAUGGGUUCAAGCCCUGGUCCGGGAAGAUCCCACAUGCCACGGAGCAACUAAGCCUGUGCACUACUGAGCCUGUGCUCUAGAGCCCACAGGCCACAACUACUGAAGCCCGCGCACCUAGAGCCUGUGCUCCACAACAAGAGAAGCCACCACAAUGAGAAGCCCACGCACCACAAUGAAGAGUAGCCCUCACUUGCUGCAAUUAGAGAAAGCCCACGCUCGGCAACAAAGACCCAAUGCAGCCAAAAGUAAAAUAAAUUUAUUUUUUUAA